GCUGACGUGAGUUAGAAACAAUUCGUUCCGGGUGACUCGGCGCAGUCAGUUCCGGGUCAGGCGGUUCCCAGGAGUGGCUCAGGAGGGACAAUGUCAAAAGUCACAUUUAAAAUCACGCUGACGUCUGAUCCAAAGUUGCCCUACAAAGUAUUGAGUGUACCUGAAGCCACACCUUUCACAGCAGUUUUGAAGUUUGCAGCCGAAGAGUUUAAAGUGCCUGCAGCAAGCAGUGCUAUCAUAACAAAUGAUGGAAUAGGGAUCAACCCUGCUCAAACUGCAGGAAAUAUUUUCCUAAAACACGGAUCAGAACUGCGACUUAUUCCCAGGGACCGAGUUGGAAGUCAUUAACCAUUUGUCAUCCAGAGCACCUUUUCCUGCAGAAGAAAACUAUUUAUUUUUGGAAUUUUUUACCCAUGUGUCCUUGCCACUUUAACACGCAUUCCUUUAAAAAAAUUUCUAGUAGGACUCUAAAGGUUUAAUGAAAUGGCAGGCCUCUUAAGCAGGGAAAAUCUAAAAGAUUCUUUACUGUAAAUUCUCUCAACAGUACUCCCUAAAAUGUGUUCUACAAUGCAAUUUUAAACAGAACCGAGCUCGAAAGAAAUAUAAUCCUUAAGCAGGGAUUGCUAAUACCUUAAGAGUGUUUUUAUGUGUAUAGCAUUAUACCUACAGGAAGAAAUUAUCUCAAAGUAUUAUACAAAGCCUUUGUAAAAUGCUUGCAUUAAGCUCUUUAUGCAUAGAUUUUAAUGCAUUAUAAACCUUGUACCACCUGUUUUCUCUAUUGAGACUAUAUGAAUCCUGAAAUUCAUUAAAAUAAAAAUGAACUGCAGAAGA